AUUGAUAUUUGAUAUUCAUAUCCACAUCUAACACUCAAAAGGUUAAAAAGGAAACACCAAAGUAAGAAUAGGGUUUUGUGAAGAACCCCACACAGCGAAAAAAAUUGAAGCAGUUCAUUUGCAAUAGAGAACCCAGAAAAAUGUCAGGAAAAGACCAUGAUUAUCGUAUAUUUGUUGGAGGUUUAGCUUGGGAUGUUACAGACCGUCAACUCGAAGGAGCUUUUGGCCGUUACGGCAAAAUUAUCGAUUGUCAGUUAAUGGAUUUGAGGUGCUUUAGAUGGAAUUGUAUGAGGAAGGAUUUUUGUUCAUUGGAAUGUGAAGUUGCUGGACAUAAAUACUUGAUUCCUUCAGCAGCUUGAUUUUGAGGUUUCACUUGCUAGACUAUCCGAAAAUGCUUAGAUCAGCUGCAUGUUAACAAUGUGAAGCACUAUUGGUUUCUAUUGCAGCAGUGAUUUGCUCAGAAAUGCGUCUCUAUGUUGAGUGCAGCUGAUUCAUAAUUCUGCUCUGGUUCAGCCAUUAGCUAAUUGUAUGGUGUAGUAAUUUCAAGGGACAUUUGUGUUUUGGACUUCAUGGAAAAUGAUUGGAAUAUGUGGAAUGAGCGCGCAUCAUAGGUGGUCUGUUUGGUGGAAGCACCAUUAAUUUUAAGACUUUUUCCUCAAUUAAUGUUAAACAUAAAGGCAUAGCAUUCAAGUGGCAGUAACUAUCCUCUAAAUAUGUUUAAUUUUGUGACACAUGUCAAAUGGGGGAAUAGAGGAGGUAAGUUAGCUCUUGAUGUAAGGUGCUUAAAUUAUAAGAGGCAAGUUAGCUCUUGCGUAUCAGUUGCAAGCAAUGGUGGCAUUCCUGCUAAUAAGAGGUUAAACUAAGAGAAGAAUUUUGAAUAUGCAAUUUAGCUCAGAGUCUAGUUUCCAUAUUUCUUCAAGUUAAAUUGGUUGACAGUUUCUGUGAACGGGGCAUGUUGUUCUUGAAAGCUAGCAGGACCAGUCUGAUCGAAGGUUAAUGACAUUUCUCUUACUAGAAUUUGGAUGUCAUUGUUAUGAUGAGCGCCCACCAGAUAUAUAAGCUCCCAAGUGCCUUUGCAUGGUAGCAGCACUUUCUUUUUUAGUCAAUCUUCCAACUACGGUUUGCUACGUUGUUUCUAAUUCGUGAUCUGUGAGGUGUAUUUGUAACACUGAGACGUUCUUUUGAAUGGUCAGUGGCAUACAUGAGAUAAGAGCUUGGGUACUGGAAUUCAUGAGAGAAACACAACAACCUUCUUGUGUUUCCUGUAAAAUUACGGGGAUGUUAAACUUCUACUUUCCCAUUUAUAACUACGACAGUCGACGGAUCUGUAUUAGACGACAUCUGGCGGUACCUGUUCUUUGCUCUAAAGAAGUUUCAGGGAAAGAGGUGAGAGCUAUGUGGUACUUAGCUGAUCUCCUGCCUUCACGCGAGCCACUUUCAAGAUUGAACUUGAUUCUCUAUCCAUUUGAAGACCUUUCGAAGCUGGUGUACACAGAAUCUUGAUGCACUUCUGUUUCAUUCCCUCUUUGAUUGCUCAUUCUGUUUCACUUGGUGGUUUGCCACUGUCAGGAUUGAAUGUGAUUCUUGAUUUCUUGACCUUCUUGAAGCCCUUUAGAAGCUGUUGCGUGCAGUAUCUGGAUGCACUUAUGUUUCAUUCUCCAUGUAGAUAGCUCUUUCUGUUUUACUUGGUUGUUGAAUGAUCGGUUUGCUCUUGUGAGAUGUUCUUCUCUUGAGCAACUGCAUUGUCUUCCAUAUGAUGCCUCUGAAGACUCAGGAGUUGCGUUGCUCAGCCAAGUUAGCAGCUUCAGAGUGUUAAGUUUCAUGGAUUAUUGCUAUAGAUUAGUUUAUUAAGAUUUUACCCUGUUCCCCCUGAAAUGCAUUUCAAAGGCUCAAAGUGGGAUUAGUUCUUUUGAGUUAGCUUUAUCUGCUUUGAUGCCUUGCUAGCAGAUGGCGUAAGUGGGAAGUUAAAAAGUUUCUAGUAGGGGUUUAGGCCUAAUCAGGAUUAAUUGAGGCUUGUGCUGGAAAGGAUAGCUGAAUGAAGAUCAGUAUUUUGAACAGUUACUGAACAAAAAAACAAAUGAUGUUCGUGAGAAGUUUUCCCAAGGAAACUUUUGCAAUAUGCUUUGUCAGUAUGGUCAACUCUUUGACUGGUAAGCUGUGUUUGUAUGGUUAGACACCUGUUCUUUGACAUACGCCUGCAAUACUUCUGCUCGUUACUCGUUAGUCUGGUUGAAAUAUAUGAAAGAAGUUUAUGGAUCCAACAUAAGUCCCAAUUGGCAUAGUUAAGAUUUAUCCAAGAGGUUAGGAAGCCUUCUUGUUUGGUUUUGUUGUUUUAGCUGUUAAUGGUACUGAUUACACUGGAUACAUGUGGUCUGAGUCAAAUAAUCUGCAGACCUGCAGAUUUCUGCUGCCCAAAUUAUGCUGGAUAGGGAUACAGGGCGUCCUCGUGGAUUUGGGUUUUUAACAUUUGCAGACCGUCGCUCCAUGGAAGAUGCAAUCAGAGAAAUGCAUGGUAGGGAGAUUGGUGAUAAGGUGAUCUCUGUGAACAAGGCCCAACCAAAGAUGAGUGGUGAGGAUUCUGACCAUGGCUAUGGCGGUGGCUACGGAGGCGGUGGCAGGGGUAGCUACGGAGGAGGUGGCAGGGGUAGCUACAGAGACAGUGACAGGGGUAGCUAUGGUGGCGGUGACAGGGGUAGCUACGGUGGUGGUGACAGGGGUAGCUACGGUGGUGGUGGCCGUGGCUAUGGUGGUGGUGAUAGGUCAGCAGGGCAAGACAAUUGCUUCAAGUGUGGCCGCCCAGGCCAUUGGGCUAGAGACUGUCAACAAGAAGGUGGUGGCCGUGGUUCACGUGCAUUAUCCCCCCCUCCUCGAUCAAGGUUUGGUGGAGGUAGUGCACGUGAGGAUCGUUAUGGCAGUGACCGUCGGUAUACGGAUGAUCAAUACGACAGAGGCCAUUAUGCUGAUAAGGAGCGCUAUGAUAGCAAAGAUGAUAGAUAUGGAAGCCGUGAUCGAUUUGCCAAUGACAGGCACCCUGCUGGUGGUGAUCGUUUCGCGGACAACAAGUAUGGGGUUUCUGACCGAUAUGCUCAGAACGGUUCAGGCAAAGAGAAGGGUUUCGACAGAGAUGUAGGUCCACGAUAUGGUGACAGAUACUCCAGUGGAGGACCAGCACGCUACGAGGGGAAAAGCAUCAGAGACAGAGCAGGACCAUAUGAUCACCCUCGUAGGGGAGGAGGACGUCCACCCGCCGCUGCCUUUGACCGUUAUUGAAGUGCUAAAUCGUUGAUGUAUUAGACUAUCCAUGUUUGAAUUUUUGCUGUCCUUUUAAGUAUCUUGCACCUUUGGUUAAGUUAUAUCUUGAGAUGUAAAAAUGUUGAAAAUUGUACCAAAGGGGAAAACUAUAUCUUCGUUUUAUAUUAUAUUGCUAGAAAAACCUUCUAAA